AUGAAUGCAAUUUCGGUUGUUACACGUGAUAUAAAUGAAUUUCUAAAACAUCCAUUAGUUAUUUGGGCUGAGAGUUUUUUUGAUGCCGAGAAUAAAUUAUCAUAUGAACAAUUAAUUAAUAGUACAUGUUUUCAUGCUAUUAUUCGUUCAAUCGAUCCACGUUCACAAAAUUCUCGUUUACCAAAUGAAGCAACUGAUACAAUUAGUCGAUUAGUUAAUUUAGAUUUUAUUUUACGAAGUAUUCGAUCAUUUGUACAAGAUGUACUUCGCUAUAUAAUUGUGGCUAAACUGCCUAAUAUUUAUGUGAUUGCUCAUGAACCGUAUGCAGAGUAUUCAUUCGAUGAAAUCGAACGUUUAUUAUUACUUUUAUUUGCCUGUUCAGUAUCAGGUGGUGACCGAAAAGAUAUUCAUAUUCAACAUUUAACUAGAUUAAAUGAAUCGAUUCAACAAUCUCUUAUGCCACAUAUAGAAGAAUUAACAAAUGAAAUCAACACAAUUCUUCAACCACAAGAAUAUUUUUUUAAUGAUUAUUUUAAUACAGAUAACAAUAAACAACUUAAAUGUUUGUUUAUUAAUUUAAUGAAUUUACUCAAUGAACGUGAUCAUUAUUUUGAGGAAAUUCUUGAAUUAGAACAAGAUAAGCAGACGUUAAAACAACAGCUUGAAUUAUAUCAAUCGAGUUCAUCGAAUCUAUUAAAUAUUGGAUGUGGCAGUAACAGCAAUGGUGGUGGAACUAAUUUACAUUCAACACCAAGUCAAACAUCAUUGAAUACGUUUUUAAAUGAUCUUGAAACAAAAAAUCCUGGUAUUGAAAUAACGGAAUAUAAAACAAAAAUGCGUCAGAUGAAAUCGGAUUUAGAUGAUAAAAUGGAUACGAUUGAAACAAUGCGUGAAGAAUUUGAAUUAUUACAAACAGAAUUGAAUCGUGUUAAAAGUGAAAAUAUUGAGUUAAGUCAGAGUACUCGUUUGACAAGACUCUAUCGUGAUGAAAUCGAUACGCUGAAUGAGAAAUUAGGUAAAAUGGAAAAAUAUCAACAAGAAAUCGAAAGAUACAAGGAACGUUUUCAUGAUUUCGAUACAUUAAAAAAUCGAUUUGAAGAAUUACAAAAUGAGAAUCAACUUCUUGCUCAAGCUCGUUCACAUCUUGAACAGCAAAUUGAAGAAUAUCGAUAUCGUAUAAAUGAAAUGCUUCAAAGUGAAACGGAAAUUAAAAAAUUUAAACAUGACAUUGAAACUAUAACUCACGAACGUGAUAUGAUACAAGAAAAACUUUCCAAUCUACUUGAAGAUAAAGUUCGCCUUGAAUUAGAUUUACAUUCAACUACACAUACAGUUGAUUCGUUAAGUAACGAAUUACAUCAUGUUAAAUCUCGCCAAGAUUUUGAUGAAUCACGUUCAUUGUCAAUAUCAUUUCAAAUUCAACAAACAAUUAAAAAUCGUCUACUAAAAUAUGACAUUGACAAUAAACAAUUAAGUGAUCAAUUAACCGCAUUGAAGGAACGUUACGAUAUUGAUAUGCAUAUGAAACGUAUUGAUGAAGAAAAACAAAAUAUUCAUAUACAACUAUUAAAUGAACAAAUAAAUGAAUAUUUAAAUAAUGUUAAAUGUUUAGAAAUAAAAAAUGAUCAAUUAGCCAAGGAAAAAUUAGCUUUACAAAAUCAACUGCAAGACAAUAAAAUUGAUUUCGAAAAAACACGUUCGGAAUUAGAAGCGAAUAAUAAACAUCUAAAGUUAACAUUAAAUAGUAUUCAACAACGUGAACAAAUGGAAACAACAGCGAAAUUUCAAGAUAUUGAACAAGAAAAUAAACGAUUUCAAGACAGAAUUGGUGAACUAAUGCAACAAAUCAGUCAAUUACAAAUCGAACAUGAUCAUUUAACAAUAGUUAAAGAACGUGAAUGUUCAUUAAACGAACGUAUUAUCAAUCUUCAAUUGAAAUACGAUCAAUUAGCACGUGAACAUUUGACAGUUGAAAAACGUUGUGAAAUGUAUGAAAAAAAUUUAAAACAUUAUGAAACUCUUGAACAUAAUUAUCUUGAAUUAAAACAUAACAAUGAAUGUUACAGUCGACAAAUCGCACAUGUGAAUCAACUUGAAAAAGAAUUUAUUGACAAAAAUCUUCAAUAUGAACAGCUGGAAAAAGAAAAUAUCGAUUUAAAAAAACAAAUAAAACAAUUAAAUGAAUGUCUUUUGAAUGAAGAAGAAACAAAUCGACAAUUAAAAAAUGAUUAUUUACUUAUAAAACAACGUUACAAUGAAGAACAAUUCGAGCAAUUAACUAAGAAAUUAAAUGAUGCUUGCGAUUUAACAAGACAAAUACAAAUUAAAUUAAAAAGAAAACAAGACGAAACUGAUCACUUGAAAAAAACACUUUCGAAUAACGAAACCAUGAUUGAAAAGUUAAGAAAUGAUUUAAGACAAGAAGCCCAAUUGCGAGAAGAACUGCAGCAAAGAUGUCACACUGAUACUUCACAAGAAAUAAAUGAUAGCGAAGAAAAGAAAAAAAACUAUGAAAUGGCUGAUAUGCAACUACGUUUGGAUCUGGCUUUAAAAUCCGAUAAAGUUCACGCAUCUAUUCAACGUUCAUUAAAAGAAACCAUAGAAACUCUUAAUCAUCAUAUACAAGAUUUACAAUCAGACAAAUCUCGUUUACAAUCUGACCUGCAACAAGCAACAUUACGUAUUGAAACAUUGCAAACUGAAAAUCUCAAGCAACGCCAAGUAAAUGAACAACUUGAAAAUGAUCGUAUGAUGUCAUUAAAUUCAUGUCAACAUUUUCAACAAACUAAUGAUCAAUUAAUUAAUGAUCAUGACCAAUUACAAAAACUUUAUACAAAACUUGAAAAUGAAUUCGAUACAACAAUAAAUCAAUUGACUGAUCAGCGUACAACAAAUCGAAUGUUAACAAAAGAAUGUAAAUAUUUACAAAUUGAAUUAGAUACAAUUGUGAAAGAAAAACAAAAUCUACUAAAUCGUAUUAGUUAUCUAUUGAAACAACUUCAUCAGUACGAAUCUAAAUUAGCCGAUCAAAAACCUCUCGAUGAACAGUAUGUAUUAUUACAACAACAAUAUCAAUCACGAACAGAUGAUUUGCAAGAUACAAUGAAUAUGAAUCAAAAUCUAAAACAACAAUUAGAUGAAACUAAAUUGGAAUUGAGUAAAUCAAGAAGUGAUUUAGCUACAAUACAAAUGAAAUAUACAAGUAUUAAUGCUGAGUAUACAAAUUUAAUAAUGAGAUAUGAAUUUCUUGAACAGCAAACUGAACGAGCCGAAGAAGAAAAAAGCCAAUUAAUUGAGCAAUUGCAUAAUCUUGUACUACAAAAUCAAAAUGUUCUUACACAAGCAUUAAGUAAUAAAGAUCUAUUUCACGAAGAAGCCCGAGGUUAUUUAGAACAACUUCAUUCAUUAAUGAGACAAAAAGAACUGCUUGAAAUGAAAAUUAUGGAACAAUAUAAAAAUAUGCCUAUCCAUAAACCACGCCGAUCUCGUGGUCUUAUUCAAUCUGUUUCACGAAAAACUCGACAUAUUCUCGAUCGUUUGGCUAAUCGUCGGCAACGUACAUCAUCAGCUGAUGGGCAACUUUAUCUUGGAGAUUCAAUUGAACGCGCAAUGAGCCCAUCAUUGUCCUCAGUUGACAACAAUGGUACACCAUUAUCUCAUGCACGAUCGACAACACCAGAUGUUAUUUCAUCGAGUUUAACCUCUGCACGCCAAUAUCAAACGCCUAUUUCAGAUCUAUUAAAAAAGAAACAACAAGAAACAAAUCAGCAUCAUCAAUCGACAGAUAGUCUAGCUGAUUCAUCAUCCAAAGAAGAAGAAGAUCCAACUCGGGCCAUUGAUGAGUCUGCAGCGAUGGCUAAGUCAUCAACUCCAAUUCGUGCUACAUUACCAUCAAAAGCAACAGAAUUUAUUUUAAAUAAUCAUCGUCAAUCACCAUUCCGUCCAAUUCGAGAUUCACCAGGUCUUCAACAUUCUCUGCAUGAUGUUUCAUCGCCUACAGUAAAUCAACGUCGAUGUUCAUCAACACAAUCAUUUCUUGUACAUCCAAAUCAAAAUAUUAAUCAAAAUAUUCAUAGCUCAAUGCGUCGACAUCGCUUACGUCCAUCCAUCAUUUCUUCACCUCUUUCAUUACAACAGCAACCAUUACCUGAACAACAACAACCACCACCACAACAACAGCAGCAGCAACCAACAUCAUUUAAUGAUCAUGUUUUGAUAACUGAAUUUGGUGCCAUUUAA